CUUACCACCUCUUACCGCCGUGUUCACCACAACAAUUACUUAAAGAAACUUUUCUGGGAGCCAGUGCUCAAAUUUUUCCAGGCGUGUUAGUCGUUGGUUUCGAGGAUAAAAGCGUUAGAGCUGUAACAAGAGCCUUCGUACAAUCAACAGGCUUCGCGGAGUCUGGACUGUAUGUGAAUAGACAAGGCUGAAAAUUGUCGGCAGAUAUCCAUCCGUUGCAGGCUUCUAGGCCAGGGAAGACGUACUGCGAGGCGUCUCACGGAUUGUACCCGCGAAAUUACGAUGAAUGCUGGGACUCCCCGCCCAGUGUUGUACAGCAUCAAGCAUACCACCAAUAAAGGGCUCGGCGUCUUUGCAACUCAGGAAAUCCACAAAGGUACUCGUAUCACAUGCGAACAUGCCUUGCUAACGGUGCCGCGGGAACCUGGAACCAUCGACCCAUUGGCAGUCUACGAGGCUUUCGAAGCGCUCAAACCACAGGAUCAGAGCACGUACCUGGAGCUUUCAGCAUCGCAAGUUCAGAUCGAUCACGCCCUUGCGUGCAUUGAUGAUGACGUUUCUGACGACAUUCGCAAUCAUAUCGCGAAGCUGGGAAGUAUUUUCGAAUGUAACGCAUUCAACAUCGGAGACGAAGAUGAGGAGACGGGCAUUGUAAAGGCAGGCAUCUUCCCUAUUGCAGCUCGCUUCAACCACGACUGUAAACCAAAUGUAGCACAGACAUGGAAUGAAAAUCUACAGUGUCUGACUAUCCACGCAAUAAGGCACAUCGACAAGGGAGAGGAGUUAUGUGACAGCUAUGUACCGCUGUGUCAGCCUUCAGCCGCAAGAAAAGAAGAGCUCAGGGCGUAUGGCUUUGAAUGCGAAUGCUCCGUUUGUGGGUCCCCAAGGGCAGAGUUGCGGAAGAGCGAUGAGCAGAGGGCGAUGAUACGGCGCUUGGGUGAGGACUUGCAAUUCUACGCGAAUCGAAGACGAGGGUCAUGGUUGGGACCUAUCUCUCCCUCGCUAGUUAGAGGCGGUCAGGAAGAUCCACUCAACGUAGUACGAUACAUUGAGUAUCUUCUUCAGGAUGAAGGGCUAGAAGGCCAUGAUUUGGGACAGUAUUAUUCCUUCGCUUCGUGGUACUGCUCUACCCGUAGCACAGGCGAUCUAGAAGAAUCUAUAGAGUGGCAGCAGAAGCUGUUCGACUUCAACAACACUAUCAAGGGUGGUGAUCAUGAGGAUACCAUCCGGUCAAAAGAACUCCUCGACAAUCUCCUUAAGCAGCGCUCCGCCAGUUACGAGUAGGAGAAUUUUCAUAUACAAAACAAUUCGAUUGCAUGUUUCGAUGCUAAAUCUUCCUCAGCUUCUGGAACUUUUGAGGCAGCGUGUCUUCAUAUAUAUGACACUACUUUUUAACCCUAGUAUUUGUCACCGG